GGUAGAAUCUGCAACUUGCGGAUAGCGAGUGAAAAGUGUGGUUUGAUUCUGACUCAAUCUUGUACUUGAGCUUGAACUUUGAGAAAAAAUAGAAUAUAGUCAAGAUGCUUUCUGAUUCUGGGUCUUCCCCUCUGUUUCGCGGCGCAAGUAAUAAUAUCGAGGAUUCCUCAGCCUCAGCGACCUGUAAUGGUUAUCUUGCGAAGCUCCGACUAGCAGAGAAAAAUUUGAUCGAGGGCGAUCCUGAAUUUCUUGUGCGCGACGUGUCUAUCAGCUUGCGGGUGCCUCGCUGGCUGCAGAAAGGUCGCUCGUCUUGGUGUGCAGACGACGAUCGAGACAAUUGCACCGAUGAAAACGAAGUUCUGAUUUCACAAACUAGAACACCCGCCGACAACAUAGACAAGACGAAGGACGAUGAUGAUCGUAUGGAUUUUGAAAUAUGUAGAACAAAGGAGGACGAUGAAGGUGCGUGGAGUAAAGCCGCUUUUGUUGUACACAACGAGACGAUUCAUAGCAUUGAGCUAGCACCCGUUCGUGGGCGUGGUCGAGAAGAAGAGGAAGCCUCGCGCUCACCUUCCUCGAAAAAUGUUGUUCUCUGGCAUGGUUUUGGUCUCGGCGCAGGCGGUUGCUCGGGAGCUCUUCGGGCUCUGUCUGAGCAGUUUCCCGACCACGCCGUUUUCGCUUGCGACUGGUUAGGCUACGGCCUGAGUUCCCGCCCAUCUUGGUUGCAAAAAC